AUGCUACUACUGCCUUGGAUCCCCCGGCUCCCAGCCAUAGUCAGCCCCACCGUGUUCUUCAACAUCACUGGGGAUAGCAAGCCCUUAGGCCGUGUCUCCUUCCAGCUAUUUGCAGACAAAGUUCCAAAGACAGCAGAAAACGUUCACACUCUGAGCACUGGGGAGAAAGGAUGUGGUUAUAAAGGUUCCUGUUCUCAUGGAACUAUUCAGGGAUUUAUGUGCCAGGGUGGUGACUUCACACACCACAAUGGCACAGGCAGCAAGUCUGUCUACAGCAAGAAAUUUGAUGAUGAGAAUUUCAUCAUGAAGCACACAGGUCCUGGCAUCUUGUCCAUGGCAAAUGCUGGACCCAACACAACAGUUCUGUUUUUCAUCUUCACUGCCACGACUGAGUGGCUGGACAGCAAGCAUGUGGUCUUCCGCCAGGUGAAAAACAGCAUGGAUGCUGGGACAGCCAUGAAACAGUACAGGUCCAAAAAUGGCAAGACCAGCAAGAAGAUCACCAUCACUGACUGUAGACAACUCUAA